AUGUCGUCAUCAUCAGUCUAUGCUCCGGACCACCACCACCACCACCUCUCAUCAUCACCGUCCUCCGAGCAGCUCUGUUACGUCCAUUGCCGCCAUUGCGACACUGUACUUGUGGUGAGCGUGCCGUGCACGAGCCUGUUGAAGACUGUCGCGGUGCGAUGCGGGCACUGCACCAGCCUCCUCUCGGUCAACAUGCGUGCGCUACUCCUCCCUUCACCGGCCAACCAGCUUCAUCUCGGCCACUCGUUUUUGAACCCUCAAAACCUUAUGGAGGAGAUCGGUAGGAGCUCGCCGGCAAACUUGGUGAUGAACCAGGGGAAUCCAAACGAGCCCUUCUUUCCCGUCCGAGAAAUCGACGAGCUUCCCAAGGCUCCGGCGGCUAAACGACCUCCAGAAAAAAGACAGCGUGUGCCCUCUGCUUACAAUCGCUUUAUCAAGGAUGAGAUCCAACGUAUCAAAGCUGGAAACCCAGAUAUCAGUCACAGGGAGGCCUUCAGUGCUGCUGCAAAGAAUGAACUCGAGCACGGCCGUAGCAAGCUCUCCAUAUAUGCGUUAUUAGACUCUGAGUACUGGGAUUUGGACCCGAGCUCAAGGGAGCCCGAGCUCUCCAGACACGCUCACUAG